UUUGAUUUCAUCACUUAAUGGAGUCAAAUGCAAAAUUAGUCUUGGAAAUAUCAGGAUUAAGUGGAGAACCCGCCUAUCAAUAUUGGCCAGAAGUAUUCAAUCACAUUUCAGUCCUGCAGAUGGCGGUAAUGCACUAACAUUUCAAACUGUCAACUCAAAAGUAGCAGGAAAAGAAGAAGAUCGCGGGAUUUUUCAAGUACUCAAGCGAAUGUUAAACCUAGGAUUUGUUGUUGUGUUUGACGAUUGGAAGACUUUCGAGACCUAAGAAAUGGGGUCACAGUACGAUCUUAACGACCUGGAAGAGUCUCUAGAGUCAUGUGUUCAACUAAUCGAUAGCAGUAAUGCGGAGGGAAACAUGCAAGGUAUACGAGAUAAAGCACCACAGCUGUUUAAUCACCACCUGGACACAAAGAAGACCUCGACCCAGCUCCUAAAUGACCUUAUCCAGUCCGAAGAAAGAGUGGGCCAAACACUUCUGGAUUUGGAGAGUCGUACAAAUAAAAUGACUGAGGAACUAGAGACGCUUCAGCGGGAGAUUCAAAAGAAGCAAACCCAAGGCAUGAACCUGGAGUCAGAGUCACAGUUCCUGCAGAGGGAGCUAGAGCACUUGCGUGAAUCAGAGCAGGAGAUGCAAGCCCUGCAGCAGGAGGUGGAUGAGGACACCACAGAGAUUAUCCCCUCUGCCAUAUACCUGGCUCAGCUCUACUACAAAGUCACUAAGAUCAAGCUGGAGAUGGAUGGGGAUCCAAAAAUCUUGAAAGGAGUUCACUAUGGGAAAGACCUGGUUACCCCCAUCAACAUUGACACCUCCCAGCUCUCGCCAUGUGCUGUCAGUGAUAAACUCUGGAGUUUAGUCAGCACAGAAUGGAACUAGUUUGUCUCUGAAAUUGUUUUUGUAUCUGCUCUAUGUGUCUUGUCUAUUGUGUCCUUGUGUCCUUGAUGUUUUUAAUGUGAUAUAAUACCUUCACAAAGUCUACUCAUAUUCAUACUAUUUUAUUUGUCCACUAGAUGUCAGUGCACUCAUUUUUCCCAUUGCUUGAUGGCGACUUGGAGAAAGAAUCUUGGAUCAUUUUUCAAUCUUAAAUUCUGCAGCAUGCUGAUGGUUGCCAUCAGCCACCAUGUUAAUAUAAUAGGCAUAGUUGACUGUUGCGUAUUUGUUUUCUCUGCAUAUUUAAAGGCUACAAAAAAUAAAAUGCCAUGUACUAAA